AUGCGGAUUCUCGAAUUGGAAGCUGAUAUUCGAACUAGACGGAAGUUGGCUAAUUCAUCGAUGACUCCAACUAAUGUGAAUCAAGCUAAAGAAUUAUGUGCUGUGACUGAAGACAAAGAAUAUCAUGGGAUAAUCUAUGCGACGCGAAUUCACAACGAUGAGCAGUUAUUUGAAAUUUUCGACCAUGAGCACACGUAUCUUCACGCGAGAAUCGACGAGAUAUUCCUUGGAACUGGCGAUUUGGUAUUGUAUAACGUUCGAAGAUCGAAAGAAGCGAUUCCAGGAGUUGAAUUUGAAGCUUAUAACGUUCGAGCUGUCCCCGAAGAUUUGAAGCAACAUUCGGAAUAUUAUGGAUCGGCAUAUUAUGAUAUUCAAUUCAAUAGUGUUGUGUUCAAAACGAAUUUGAAAAUAAUGAAAAAUGCGAAUAAUAUGUUUUACGCUCACAGUGAGAAGUUUGGGGAAGUUUUUAUGGAAUCCAAAGAUCUCAGAAAACUUCUUGAUGUCGGUAUCUACGAAUUUGAAUUAAUUGUCACUGGAAAGAUGUACCGUGGCCCUCGUGGAGUUCUUCUACGCACUCAAAGAUCUUAUCAACCGCCUAACGACAAUUUUCGCCUAGUAAAAGGCGAUAAUAUGAGAUAA